AUGGCGCCCAUGAAGAAGAUCACUAUACCUCGACUUGAAUUGUCUGCUUCUGUUAUAUUGGCGCUAUGGAUGGUCAAAGCGACACUUGACCAUCAACUCGUUAUCACUAAUGUUUUUGCCUGGUCUGACUCACAAAUAGUUUUGUCUUGGUUGAUCAAUCCACACUCUUUGUUCAAAAUAUUUGUCUCUAAUCGAGUGCACCGGGUGCAUCAACUUUUACCAUCGUGUAAAUGGGGAUAUGUACGUACUGAUGAUAAUCCGGCUGAUUGUGCUUCGCGUGGAAUGCAGCCCUCAGCCCUUAUGCAGCUCCCCCUGUAUUGGCAUGGGCCUAAAUUUCUACGUCAUUCUGAGGAUACCUGGGACCUUUUGCCUUGUAUAAUGUCCUUAGAAGAGCUGCCUGAAACAAAGGGUGUUUUCUUAGCUGUGCAUCUCGACACUGAUGGCGAAUGGUUCUCACGUUUUUCUUCAUAUACCAACAUGCUUAGAGUCGUCACAUGGACGCAUCGUUUUAUCGGAUCAUGUCAAGGUAAGACGUACUCCAAUGCCUUUCUAUGUCAAUCGGAAUUAACUGAUUCCCUAACAGUUCUUGUCAAAGCGUCCCAAUUACAGACACUGGGGAAAUUGCUACACAAUUUGCAGCAUGAUCAAGCGCCACCUCGAACGUUUGCUGUGCUCCGCCCAUUCAUUGAUCCUUGUGGCUUGAUCCGUGUCGGUGAUCGUUUACUACAUCAUCAAAAUUAA